GGUGUGUGUGUGUGUGUGUGUGUGUGAGAGAGAGAGAGAGAGAGAGAGAGAGUUGGACGUUCAGACACAAAAGCCGAGAAGAAACGGAGAGAUGAAAGCUGAGGAGGGUGAAAGAGAGAGAGCAGCUUCUCCGACUGAUUCACAACAAACAAUUUCCGAUGAUGAUGAAAUAGACUAUUCUGUGAAACCAGAAUUUUAUGAUCCAGAUCUUGAUGAAAAAGAUGAAUUAUGGGUUCAAAAGAAACGAAAAGGUCAUUUCUCUGAUGCUGUGCUUAGCUGCCCAGCUUGCUUCACCACCCUUUGCCUAGAGUGCCAAAGGCAUGAAAAACAUGUGACCCAGUACAGGGCGAUUUUUGUUGUCAACUGCAAGAUCAAGAGUGACCAAGUAUCGCAGCAAGGAAGUUUAAAAAGAAAAAGGGGCCAAAAGGGGAGAGAAUCUGGCGAGAGUGAAGCAGGUUCUGCUGGUGGUGAAACAUUCAAGCCAGUAUGUUGCUCUGUUUGUUCGACGGAGGUUGGAGUCAUUGAUGAAGAGGAGGUCUAUCAUUUCUUCAAUGUUCUUCCAAGUGAGUCUUGAUCUGUUCGGUUUAAUUAUCAAAUGCAUGAGUAUGUAGUUUACAAUAAGCUGCAGUGGAUCCGUAUUUGUAUGCAAUGUCGAAGGCAGUUCAUUACUUAAAUUCAUUUUACUUCAUGUAUAUGCCGUCUUCACAAGCAUAGGCAAGAUAGGCAUAUACUUCUGCAUGUGCAAGAAUUGAUGCUAUUUAUGUACAGUGAAGUAGUAGUUAUCAGCACAUUGACCUCAGCAAUGUUUUUUGGUGCCUUGUUUUUCGGGCCUUCAUAAAUUA